AUGAGCCAUUCAUUCCAUUGGGGGCUAGAUGGCCUAAAUAAGUCUCGAUUCGAGGCGUACACCAAGAUAUUGAGCCUUCGCAAUGGAGGACAGGCUGAUGAUGCUAUUACAUCCGACGCCUGUAAAGCAGGCCCCGAUAUGACAGAGCUACCGGAAGAUGACGAUUCCAUUACAGGACAACCGUUAACUAACUUCGACGAUGAUAAGCUUAAGCGCGCAUUUCUUGACCGAUUAUCUGAGAUUCUGUCACAUACAAAAGGUGGCUAUCAAGUAGCUGCUGCAUUGAUGACAGAGAACUUGGGAGUCCCCGAGGUCACCGUCGCUAAGAACUCUGGGUUAAAGCAAACGGAUAAGGACUUUAUAAUAGCCUUAGAGAAGAUCUUAGGGCGCAUGGUGGGCUGCCCAAUUUCGCCUCGAGACACAGCCGAGUUGUGGGAGUUGAUACUAACUCAAUACACGCCGAGAGUAAAGGGAUAUAUAUUAGAUUUGCAAAAAUCUUUGAACCAAGGUCGGAUCCACAUGAAGCAGUCUGGUUCGGAUAUCACUAGAAGCCUUGCAGUGCAGAUCGAGGCACUAUCACUAGUCUUGAACCAAGUGCCACACGACCUAAGUAAGAUUGUUCUCGAGGCAUAUCACAUACGAGCCCUCCAUAACAUCUCCAUUUUUGAGAAGAUUCAACCAGAGAAGCUAUCAGUCGGCCGGCAAAUUGGCGAUUUGGUUUAUCUAUUGAGUCGACCUCACGUAGCCUUUCUAACUUUUGUUCGAGCCAUCGAAAGGAUUGAAGGGUUUGACAAGUUGCGUGUACGAUGGGUUGAGUUCACAUCCCUCGUAAAAAAGGCACCGCUCACCAAGAAACAACCUGUGGUUCCCUCCUGGACUGUUGGUCAAGUUUUCAAGUCACUCGGUCUGAAGUUUAACGACGCGGAGACGAGCGUCUUAAUGAACUCAGGGAAGGAUGAGCCAUCAAAGUGGACCAGAGACAAACUGGUAAAUAGAUUCAGUAAGCUCAAGGCGACUGAGAAUAACGUACACGCCGAAGUCCAGCUUGUGUUAGACUUAUCUAAGAGGGAUGCGCAGCUAGAUCAUGCGUUCAAAUACGUCGGUUGCAGUAAAAGGUCCUGUCUGCUCUGUUACAGGUUCCUUUCAAUGGUCGGAUUUGCUUGCCGGGGUUGUCACGGAAAAGUGUAUGAGUUGUGGACUAUACCUGAGCUUGAUGGACUUUGCGAAGGCUCUCUUGAACUGAUCUCUGAGGUAGUCAAGAAGUUACAGAGCCAAGUCGCGAAGUCCCUUCGGCAUGAUACGAAGCCUAGACCUCAUGUAAAAGAGUCGACCAUCGGAGGUUCCUCGAUUGCAACUGUUAUACCGCAUACCGAGGACCAACACUUGGCGACAUUGAUAAGGAAUCAUCUGCAAACGAAUAGAGAGCAUUCUAUGUUGAGAGCACCUAUAAUAAGGUAA